GUUUGUAAUUAGUUGUCUCCCUCUUCACGGAUCCUGAGACAGAACCUCAAGGAGAGGAAUAUUAGCUGCGUACAAAACCUGGGUUCAACUCAACAUCCACCAAAGAACACGGACGACCUUUGAUUUGGAAGAAGUGUCGCGUGACUCUUCCUGCACGUGGGAUUUUUUUUUAAAAUGCGUUAGCCUUUAUUUUACGUCUAUGCAUCCUGGGAGCUGCAGCUAAACGCUGGAGCAAAACAAAGACCUCCUGAACACUUUUCAGCUGUUGGGGGCAUCCUCAGAAGCUCAACCCAUUCAUGGAGAAGACACUGACAAUAGGUCUGACCCUUUUCUUAACACUCUGUGUGGACAUACCAGGAGCGGGAGGACAGAAGGCCGGGGCUCGUGGCGAUGACACUCAGAAAGCUUCAUCGCGACCUUCAGAUCCAAAAGGAGGCCGUUGCUCCUACACUUUCAUUGUCCCGCAACAAAAACUGACUGGUGCGCUGUGUUUGAAGACGCAGUCUGCGUCCGCCAACCGGUCGGAGGUGGCGGCGCUGCGAGCGGAGCUCCGACGGCAGCAGCAGCAGCUGCAGGAGCUCCACGGCCAGCUGGAGCAGGAGGGCGCCCUCGCCAUGGAGGUGAGAGGACUGCGCAAAGAGAGUAACAGCAUGAAUUCUCGCAUUGCCCAGCUCUACGCCCAGCUGCUACAUGAAGUCAUUCAAAAGAGAGACCGAGCUUUGGAGCAGCAGAGGGUGGAGAGUGUCCUGUUAAAUGCUACAACACAGGCGCUGCAGGUUUCCAGUAACUACAGGGAGCUGGAGAAGAAAUAUGCAGCCCUCACCUCCAUGUUGAGCUCCCAAAACCAGUUUAUAGCUCGUCUGGAGAAGCAGUGCCACUGCAGGGGAUCCCCGCAGGCCUCUCUGGUGGCGACUGAACCGCCAAAAAGCCAGUCUAUCGUGCACCCUAAUCACAGCUCCGACGCCAGCAAAAUGGCCAACGAUGUUCAAAGGGACCAAAGUGCUCUUCCUCUACCGCAGGAAAAAGCGGUUGCGUCCCUCCCCGCCAGCACAGCCCACUCUCCUACGGACCCUCCAUUCAGUAGUUUCCCUGUCACGAAGACUCCAGGGCCGUGGCGCGACUGCCAGCAUGUGCUGGAAUCCGGUGAGACCACCAGCGGGAUCUACCUGCUCCGUCCACAGAGCGCCAACCGCCUCCUGCAGGCCUGGUGUGAGCAGAGUCGGGCUGAGGGAGGGUGGACGGUGAUCCAAAGGAGACAGGAUGGGUCGGUCAACUUCUUCAGAACGUGGGAGCAAUAUAAGCAAGGCUUUGGAAACCUAGACGGAGAGUAUUGGCUCGGCCUGGAACACCUUUACUGGCUGACCAAACAGGCCCAAUAUAAGCUGCGAGUGGCUCUGGAAGACUGGCAGGGCCGGCAGGUGUUUGCCGAGUACGACAGCUUCCACCUCGAACCAGAGAGCGAUUGGUACAGACUGCGUUUAGGACAGUACCACGGCAGUGCAGGGGAUUCGCUCUCAUGGCACAACAAUAAGGCCUUCACGACACUGGAUCGAGACAAGGACGGCUACACGGGUAACUGCGCUCACUACCAAAAGGGAGGCUGGUGGUACCAUAUGUGCGCCCACUCCAAUCUGAACGGUGUGUGGUAUCGGGGGGGACAUUAUCGCAGCCGCUACCAGGACGGGGUCUACUGGGCCGAGUUCCACGGAGGGUCCUACUCUCUCAAACGUGUUUCCAUGAUGAUCAAACCCACAUGACAGUAGUGUCGUGGAUAUAUGAUGCAGGCAGCUGUAGAUGGCUCUAAAUCAGCGGUUCCCAAACCAUUUAGGCCACGCACCCCCUUCUACAUCCCAACUGGGUUCAUGCACCCCCAACCGCCCACACUUAAAAAGAAAAAGUCUAUUUAUAGCUGCAUUAAAAUUGGACCAAUGACCGAACAGUUUGCUCACGCGUGACGUUUGUUUGCAAUAUUUAGUCUGCUGUUAAAUGUUUGUACAGUGCUGAGCCAGUUGUAAUGAACACUUGUUGUUUACAGAUCAGUCAGUGAUGUGUUCAGAUGGUAAAUAAUUGGACAUUGACUCUCUGCUCUGUGUUGACAUACCUGUCUUGUUCUGCAAUUUCCUGCCAGAAUUUCAUAUUUCAUUAUAUUCAAUGUGUUAUGUACUUUUAAAUAAAACGAUGGCCAAUUUCUGAA